AGCAAAUGAAAUUGUAAACCUUUUUUAAAAUAUUUAUUAACCAUAUAUUGUAGGUAUUAAAUCAUUAAUAAUAAUGGCAAAUGCAGCAAAUCCUUCCCAACUGUUACCAUUGGAAUUAGUUGACAAGUGUAUUGGAUCUAAAAUUCAUAUUAUUAUGAAAAGCGAGAAGGAAAUUGUGGGCACUCUUCUUGGAUUUGAUGAUUUUGUAAACAUGGUACUUGAAGAUGUAACUGAAUACGAAUCAACUUCUGAAGGCAGGAGAAUUUCGAAACUGGACCAGAUACUACUUAAUGGAAAUAACAUUACAAUGCUUGUGCCUGGGGGCGAAGGCCCUGAAAUGUGAAAGUUGUUCUUUAUUUUAGUCUCAUUUUUCUGAUUGUGUAGGUUACACAAGCACAAGAGUCCACUUCUCAAGUUUAUGUUGAUUUAAUUGUUUAUACAUGUGUGUCCUCUAAUUGAGCCAAAUUUUUAAAAUUGCCUUUGUUAUUCAAUUCAGUGACUAAAAAUUGACAACUAGGAUUUAACGAGGAUUUAAACUGAGUUAGUCAUAAAAAAACUUUGGCGAAUGCCAAAGUAGGCCAAUAUCCCUUUUUUGUUUUUAUCCGUGGUUUUACAAUAACGACUGGACUUUUUUAUGUUUAUCUGUGUUCCUGUAUCCUUGCAAUCACUUCUUUUGAUAAGAAAUUGUCUUAUUCCAAAUUAAGAAUGAAAAUUACAAAAUUGUCAAUUGCUACAUAUUUUGAAACAUUAGUUAUCGCUGAAAAUUACAAUCAAAUUGUCUAAAUAAGUUAUACAUGUGUACACAACAUCUAUACAAAUAUGAACUAGCUUUAAAUUGCACAGAUGU